AUAUAUAAAGAGCAGUAAAAGAAAAAUAUAGAAGCAGAAGACGAUAAGAGAUGGAGUUAUUGGCAAAGGAAUUCGGAUAUGUAGUGAUGGUGGUGGUUCUUUACUGCUUUCUCAACCUGUGGAUGGCUUUCCAAGUUGGGAAAGCUCGCAAGAAGUACAAGGUCUUUUACCCUACCCUCUACGCCCUCGAAUCGGAAAACAAAGAUGCCAAACUCUUUAACUGUGUUCAGAGAGGGCAUCAGAACUCGCUGGAGCUGAUGCCCAUGUUCUUCGUGUUGCUGAUAUUGGGAGGGAUGGGCCAUCCUUGCGUUUCAGCUGCUCUCGGCCUUGUUUACACCAUAUCCCGUUAUUUCUACUUCACCGGCUAUGCCACCGGCGAUCCCAAGAACCGUCUCAAUCUUGGGAGAUUCGGGUUCUUGGCAUUGUUGGGGCUCAUGAUGUGCACCGUUUCAUUUGGAAUCAAUCUGCUUCGACCAUGAUAUGGACUUGGCAAACACGUUUGCCUUUUUGCUUUAACAAUUGAAUAAGUUACUCCCUUUUUGGCUU